UCUCCCACCCCCCCACCCCCGUUCGUGGCGGGGAAGAAGCCCCCCCGGGCGCCUCGGAGCCUGUCCGGGGGCUCCAAAUCGCGGGGUUGCCGGGGGCUGUGGAGGGGCCCUGGGCUGCCCCCCACAUUUGCUGCGGUGCUCCCUUCUUCCCCCUUUCCUCUUUGCCGAGCCCUGAAGGGACCCGGAGACGGCAGCCUGGCUGAAAGCGCCGGCGGCUUGAAACUGACUAGACCUCCGCCGUUGAGCGCCAAGCAAGCCGGGCUGAAAUUCAGCGGGCCCCCGGCCGAGGCUUCCUCCUUCUCCCCGCUAGCCCUCUCUGCCUGGGGGGCCUCGCUCUUCCCGCCUGGCUUUGUGGAUGUCCCGAUGAGAGAUCCAGCGUUCCCGGGGGCUGCGAUGGCUUACCACCCCUUCCACGCGCCCAGGCCAGCCGACUUCCCCAUGUCGGCUUUUCUAGCGGCCGCUCAGCCUUCUUUCUUCCCGGCUUUGGCUCUGCCUCCCGCCGCCCUCGCCAAGCCCUUGCCGGAUCCCAGUUUGGCUGGAGCCGCCGCCGAGGCCGGCUUGCACGUCUCGGCUCUCGGACAUCAUCACCAGGCCGCCCAUCUGCGCUCGUUGAAAAGCUUGGAGCCUGAAGAGGAGGUGGAAGACGACCCCAAAGUCACGCUGGAGGCUAAAGACCUUUGGGACGAAUUUCACAAACUGGGCACCGAGAUGGUGAUCACGAAAUCGGGCAGACGGAUGUUCCCCCCUUUCAAAGUGCGGGUCAGCGGCCUGGAUAAGAAAGCCAAGUACAUUUUGCUGAUGGAUAUUGUGGCCGCCGACGAUUGUCGCUACAAGUUCCACAACUCGCGUUGGAUGGUGGCCGGCAAAGCGGACCCGGAGAUGCCGAAGAGGAUGUACAUCCAUCCGGACAGUCCGGCCACGGGCGAGCAGUGGAUGGCCAAGCCGGUGGCCUUCCAUAAACUGAAGCUCACCAAUAACAUAUCGGACAAGCAUGGAUUUACCAUCCUCAACUCCAUGCAUAAGUACCAGCCGAGGUUCCACAUAGUAAGAGCGAACGACAUCCUCAAAUUACCUUACAGCACUUUCCGAACAUAUGUGUUCCCCGAAACCGACUUCAUCGCGGUGACCGCUUACCAAAAUGACAAGAUCACCCAGCUGAAGAUAGACAACAACCCCUUCGCAAAAGGAUUUCGAGACACGGGGAACGGGCGAAGAGAAAAAAGGAAGCAGCUGACUCUGCCUUCCCUGAGGAUGUACGAGGACCCCUGCAAGCAGGACAGAGACGGGGGAGAAUCCGAUGCGUCGUCUUGCGAACCUGCCCCAGUACGAGAAUCUCUUCACUCCCCGUUGGCGACAACUCCCAGUCCUUUACGGGUCCAUCGAAACAGCAGAGAAGACAAAGGAAGUGACCAAGAGCCGGAGAAAGGGUCGGGGGUGAAGAGAUCCACCCCUGACCGGGGUCCGGCCAGCCCACCCCACAACCACAGCCCCGGCUUGCAGGCGGAAGAACGGAGUAAAGAACGGGGCAAAGCUGGCGAGGCCUCCAAGGAAGGUGGUGGGGAGGCAGCCCUCUUCACCCCUCUGGCCUUGGAGAAGGAGAAGCUGGAGGGCAGAAGGAAGGAACCUCUCCUGCAGCCUCCCCAAGAAGGAUCCAAAAAGGAAUUGCCCGGAGAUUGCACCCCGGUGGGGUGCAGCAGCAAAGAAGCCUUCGCCCCACUGAUGGUGCAGACCGACAGCCCUCCGCACUUGAACCCAAGUCAUCUACAAAGUUUGGCUCUCUCGGGUCUUCACGGUCAGCAGUUCUUCAACCCUCUGGGCGCCGGCCAACCCUUCUUUCUUCACCCGACCCAGUUUGCGAUGGCGCCCGGAGCCUUUUCGGCGAUGGGCAUGGGACACUUGCUGGCUUCGGUGGCAGGCGGAGGGAGCUUGGAAAACGGGGGACUCUCGGCUCCUCAAGGGACGGCGGGAACCACGACCCCGUUCCCUUUCCAUUUGUCCCAGCACAUGUUGGCUUCUCAGGUAAGGGGCGAGGAGUGGAGGGGGGCAAAGGGUUGACUUCCCUUUGUGAGAGGGAUCUUGGACGAUCGUUUAAAUAUGAGCCAGCCGUGUGCUGCAGCUGCCAAAAAAGCCGACACAGUUCUAGGCUGCAUCAACAGAGGGAUAGAAUCAAGGUCACGUGAAGUGUUAAUCCCACUUUAUAAGGCCUUGGUAAGGCCACACUUGGAAUCCUGCAUCCAGUUUUGGUCGCCACGAUGUAAAAAAGAUGUUGAGAGUCUAGAAAGAGUGCAGAGAAGAGCAACAAAGAGGAUUAGGGGUCUGGAGGCUAAAACAU